CAGCACAAACACAGAUUGGGUCCCAAUGGGAUGAAAACUUCUCUUUCCUUCCCUUUUGCCUCUGCAUUUGAGACUUCAUGCUGCCCAAGCUGGGAGGCGUGGGGGGAGAAGGUUAAGUGGAACAAAAGGAAGAAUGAAGUGAAAAUGGAAAGGAGGCUGUAGAAAGAAAAGUAGGGAGAGGGAAAGAAAACAAAGGGAGAAGGAAGGGGAAAAAACAGGAGGGAAUUAAGGACAAAGAAUGAGAAGGAAAGAGGAGGGAAAAGAAAUGAGAAAACGAGGGGAAAGGUAGGGUAAAUGGAAGAUUUGAAGGAUGGGGGGAAGAAGAGGAAGGAGAGGGUAAAUAGGAAUGAUUGAAAAUAUGCAGUAGGAAGGACUAAGAGAAGGAGAUGGGUGAAGGGAAGAGAGGAGAUGAUGAGGGGAGAAGAGAAGUGAAAGAAGGAGGAAUGCAAAAGGAAGAGAGAAGAGAGUGGAAAAUGGAGAAAAUCAAGAAUUAAAGAGGGAAGGAAUGAGUGAAUCAAAAGGGUGGAAAGAGGGAGGGCCAGCCACUGAGGGAGAGUCAGGAGAGCUUGAGAGUGGGCUCACCGCCCGCCCCUCCCAGUCCAACCCUCUCCCUCCUUCCCUCCCUUCCUGGAUGGGAUGCCCAGAGCACUCGGUAGAGACGGGAGACUCAGCAACUCUCUCCCAACAGUGCGGCCAGGGCUGGGUCAUGGGCAGCGGGAGCAGCCGGAGCAGGCGGGCACGGAAGCAGUUGUGCAGCCCUGACAGGAACCCAGGCGUCCCUGGCGUCCUGGAGCUGGGCGAUGGGCAGCAGGGCACUGAAGCCCGCCAGGAGGAGGAGGGCAGGAAAGAUGGGCAAGAGGAAGGCUCAAGGAAAGGGGCCCAAGAAGACUGCGCUGUCCAUGACUCUGAGUCGCCCCCAAAUGGGGAGGAGGAGCCGGAGUCAGAGUCACAGUUGCUGGACCAGGUAUUGGCCGAGUCGGAGGCCUGGGAUCCAACAUUCGAACCCCAGCCAAGUCGGGCCUCCCACUCUCGGCCCCAGCUGAACCCACAACUGGGUGGGGGCCCAGGCUCGCAGGCGAACCUCAGCAGCCACGGAGAGCGCCAGGUUUCUCCUGUGCAGAGCUCCCAGGAUAUACAGAACAACAACAGCUUUCAGACUCCCACCAUGAACAAAAAGAAGUCUGAAAGACAAACUCCCAUCCUGUAUGACUACUCAGAAGAGGAGUUGAUGGCAAGCAUCGAGCGGGAAUAUGGUCGCUGAGGGCUGGCAUGAGCCAAAGAAGACGGGUGACUUUGGAAGACAGCCCUUAAACAGUUAAAAAAGGCACAUCCUCCAGGGUGGAAGAAAGCAAUGUCAGCUUCUGCCCCUUCCCCUGCUCCCCACCGGCCAGAAGCUCACACAACAUGGAACCCAGUGUGGUCAGGCUGCUCUUCCACCAAAGGCACUGGGUCAGUGGGGAGGACGAUGGAGAGCCUUCCAGUAAAAUGCCAACCAUCCCUGAAGUGCAUUUAUAGAUCUAUAGUCCAUUAUUACAGCAGAAUGGGUCUAUGGCUCAACAUUUGUAUUUUGCAGAUGAGGAAACAGAGGUCCAGAGAGAUAAAGGUAACUUCCUAAGGUCAUACAAGAGCCAGGACUCUUUCCAUUACACUCUCCUACCUCCCACUUGUCAGAUGGCUUUUAAAAAAGUGACCUUUGAGAAGUCAGCCCCUAAAGGCAGUCUUCUGCAUGACUGGCCAUCCAAUGUCACUGCUUGAAGUGUCUGGUCAGAGACUAUAGGAAGAACCAUUCUUACAUGGGACAGUGGAAAGAACAUUUUCUCCGGGGAAUCAGAGAAUCCGAGUUCUAAUAUCAGUUCUGAUACUUAGAAGCUGUGUGACCUUGGGCAAGUUAUUUAGCCUCUGUAAAAUGAGGGGAUUAGAGCGUGUGACCCCUCCAGUCCCUUCCAGCUCCAGAUCUGAGUAUUGUUGAGUGGUUUUUAGUCCUGUCUGAUUCUUUCUGACCCCACAUAGGGUUUUCUUGGCAAAGAUGCUGGGGUAGAUUGCCAUUUUCUUCUCUAGUUCAUUUUACAAAUAAGGAAACAGGUAAAACAGAUUUGAGUGAUUUGCUAAUAAGUGUCUGAGACCAUAUUCGACCUGAGGUCUUUUUUCUGUAUCUCCUUUUGGGUUGUUCAGUCAUUUUUCAGUCAAGUCCAACUCUUCAUGACCUCGUUUGGAGUUUUCUUGGCAGGGGUACUGAAGGGGUUUGUCAUUUCCUUCUCCAGCUCAUUUUACUGAUGAGGAAACUAAGGCAAACAGGGUUAUGUGACUUGCCCAGGGACACACAGCUAGGAAGUGUCUGAGGCCAGAUAUGAACUCAGAAAGUGAGUCUUCCUGCCUCCUGCUGACUUUCUAUUCACUGUAUCACUUAGCUGCUGUGAUCUAUAAACUGAUGAUCCAGACCAAACAUCUGGUAGACAUAGGAGAAACUACAUUAGUGUACUCUAUAAGUAACCUGUUCCUCUGUUCGUUCUUUGGGGGAAGGGGAAGGGAAAGCACUACACAUUCAAGAGAUCAUCAACUAGUCAUCUGACCCUUCUUGGCGUCCCAGCUUUAUCAUCAAUGAAAUGAAGGUGUUAGACUGGUCCCUUCCAUCCCCUGACAUUCCUGUAAAACUAAAUGUUUCCUUGGUGUCUAAAACACAAGCCUGGCCAGGGCAUAAAGACUGGGAUGCACCUUAGUGCACUCUAUAUGAAAUCAACUCUUUACUUAUUCCUAGAAUAACCCUUUGCUGGAUCUCAGUUUCCCCAUUGGUAAAAUAAAAGUAUUAAGAGUAGAUGACCUCAAAUGUUCCUUUUAGACUCCAUACCAGCCAUCUCCAGUCAUUUUACUUACUUAGGUCUCAUUUUCCUCAUCAGUAAAAUGAGGGUAAUAAUCCAUCCCUAUGGGAUCAAUAUGGGAAAGGGCUUUGUGAACCUUAAAGGGACGAAGGGAUGUGCAAAUGUCAGUUAUUUAUUUUUCAUCCCAUGAUUCAAAUCUCUACAUUUUGUGGGAGAUGCGACCCCAGAGUCUGAAUUCUAAAUUCUAAUUGUCAAAUACGUUUGCCCUUUAAGAUUUUUGAAAAUGAACCAUUCCUGGUACUCAGAAUACUGUUGUCACAAUGUCUACCACAAGGGAAAGUGAAUUCCAACAAAACUCUUUUCUAAGAAAUUUAGUUACCAAAAGUGGAGAUAAGGUAGAAAACUAGGAUGAGUUAAAGCUAAGCAAAUUUCUGCCACUCUGAGUUGCUUUGGGGCUUUUAGGAUCACACUGUUGUAGAAUCUCAGAGUUGGAUUGGAUCAAGCAGCCAUCUAGUUCCACUCAUACGUGAAAAAGAAAUCCUUACUACAAAGUUCCUGGUAAGGACAGUCUUUGUAACCUCCAAUGAUGAGGAACCCACUAUCUCCUAAGGCAACCCUUUCUACUUUGGAAAGCAAUAACGUUAGGAAGGUUUAGGGUCAUCCCCUGCAAAUCAAGUCAAAAUUUACUUCUUUACAAAUUCUUUUUAUUGCUCAUGGUUCUACCAUCUGGGACCAAAUAGAACAAGCUAAUCCCUCUUGUACGAGAAAGCUCUUCAAGUACUUGAAGAGGCCAUAUUUGUUUCCCAAAACAUACAGCCCUUACCUCAUCCCCAGCCUUUUCUUCUCCAGACUAAAUUUUCCUGGUUUCUUCAAAUGACCCUAAUUUAGCCUAAAUUUGAGACUCUUCUUCAUCCUAUCUAUCUUCCUCUGAAAACCCUCCAGUAAAUCAAUGCCUUUUCUAAAUUUCUAAAUGCCUAAUUCUAAAAUUCUAAAGCUUAAAAUUUCUAAAUUUUUAAGAGGCACUCAGAACUGAAUAUGAUAUUCCAGCCAUUGUUUGAUUCUCCAUUUUAUCCAACCACAUGAGGCAGGAUGUGGGAGCCCCCACAGGAGGGUAUCCUCUUGCCUCUCUGGAGAUAGUUCCAAACUCAGUAAAAUGGAAAUUGCUUGCAUCAACAGACAAGGCAGGUCCUCCAGGUACCUAUCUAUGGCUUUAAGAGACUGAGUGUCUGAGAUAGAGCCUCUUCCCUUCUUCCCCUUCCUCAGUCACAGCUACUUCUAAGUUCAUGGUCUCUGGAACUGGAAGAACCCUUAGGGAACAUCUAAUUCAGGGCUUUCUAACCUGUUUCAUGUCAUGAACCCCUUUGACAAUACGAUGAAGCCUGUGGACUCUUUCUCAGAGAAUGGAAAUGCUAGGCUUCAGUUAGAAAUUAUUGAAAAUUGAAGUCAGCUAAGUGGCUUAGUUGACUGAAAGCCAGGCCUAGAGACAGGAUGUCCUGGGUUCAAAUUUGGCCUCAGACACUUCCCAGCUGUGUAACCCUGGGCAAGUCACUUAACCCCCAUUGCCUAGCCCUUACCAUUCUUCUGCCUUGGAAUCAAUACACAGUAUUAAUUCUAAGAUGGAAGGUGAGGGUUCUUUUUUUUAAGAGGUUAUUUAAUAUUUUUUUUUAAUUUUCCCACCCAUGGACCUCAUGUCCAACCCCAUCUCACCUCCUUUCAACUGAGGAGGAACCCACAAGCCCAAAGUGCUUGUACAAAGCUGAAUACAAUAAAAGUAAAAGAAUUGCAACUGUUGAACCUAGGUCCUCUGAUUCCAAAUUCAAUGUUCUCUUUCUGUUCUGCCACACUGACCCACCACUUUGUGUAUGAAGGAAACUGUCACCCACUUGACCUCAUCGCCUGUCGAUCUGGAGGCCAGGUCUGUGUGCCAGGAAAUUGAGUCACGAGGUUCGAACAGCAGCUAGAAAAAUGCAGCAACAAAGUCAAGAAUCAAGAGACAGGCAGAGUUUAGUCCCUUGAAUUGCUCCCCUGGACUGCCCCCCCCCCCCCCGCCAGAUGUGAUGUGUGAGAGUUAGAGGGCAGAGAAAAGAUUUGAUAAACCAAGGCAAGAGGGGAUUUUGGUCUCUUUUCUUCCAUGUUUGUGGCUAACUGGACCUCCCUGUGAGCAUGGCUAGAGGGCCCAACAUGGUGGCCAUAGAAUAGCCAGCUAAAUGAAGCAAUGAGGAAAGUACCUUUAUAUGUCUCUCUCUUAUUUUUCCAUCCUUCUUUUUCUCCUACUAUCUUUGAUUAAUAAAAUUAUUACUUUAUGGCAAGUCUCAGAAUUUUCCCUUUUACACUGGGCCAUUCACCCAUGGCAGAGGCGAUGAUCAGCACUUUUUCCACUUCCCCCUUCUCCAAGUCCAGACCAGCUUUGGUAAAAGAGCUUUUGCACCCAGAUGUUUUGACCCCUAUUGUUACAUGUUAUUAAUUUGCUCCCCACAACCAGGGCCAAAAUCAGAGUUUCUUUGAAAGGAGAUCUUUAGUCUUUAUGGGGACAGUCAGGUAUCUAAAAGCUCUUCCUUGUCUAGGCUUUUGCCUCCUCAUCCACAGGAGGCUUAAAGAGUUUCUUCCCCUAGGAAGGAGAAGGGUCCUCCCAAGCCACCCUUUCUACAGACCCACAAUGGCUCACCCAUUGCCUAUGGAUUUAGUAAAUCCUGGGGCUGAAACACAAACCCUGUUCUUGUCCCCUUUUCCAAGAGUAUCAUACUGCAAACAGUACCAAGUGGGACUCCAAAAAAAGGCGAGGAUCACUGCUGGACUGGAAAUUAUAAAAGACAAGCCCCAACAAGAACAAUUUCCUAGAAUUGAUUAACAGGUAUUUCACAAAAGAGGCAAAACCACCCACGAGUCUGUGACUACCUGGUGCUAGUCAGAGCUUUGAUGGACAAAUAAAAGAUCCCAUCAACUUAUUAUUAUUACCUUUCUUGGGCAAUUCUGAUCUAGUACCUCAGUCUCUGGAGCUAGAUGAGACCAUAGAGAUCAAAGUCCAAUCCCGUCAUUGGACAGCUGGGAAAUGGGCUGAGAGAGGGGAAGGCCACAUGGGUCAUUCAGAGAGACAAGAUUUGAGCCCAGGUCCCUCCAAAUCUGCCACAUCUGCCUGGAGCAGCCCUCAGACUUUUCCUAAGGAGUUAGCGGAUGGAGAAAAUGCACACUUGCCCCCAAAUCUUCUCAGGGGUCAGCACAGAGCAUCCCCAGAACGGAGGGCUGCUUUUAUUCAAGUGCCUGAGAAACAACCUCCUUUUUGAAAGAAAGCACAAGCCCAAUUUCUGCUCUUCUGCCAUCUGGACUUCUUUUAUUUCAGUUAGAGCUAUUUCAGGAAGCAGCGAGGUGCAAAGACACAGCUUUUUCUCAACACAAUGAGUCUCAUGAUCUCUGGCUUUUGUCUGUGCCCUUUCCGAAAGUCAGUGUUCCAGCUGUUGAGCCAAUUAUCAUCCAUCUAUAUCUGGGUCAUAUAACACAUGUAGAAGAAUGGGGAACUGGACUAUUUUUUAAAUUAGAGAAUAUUCAACUUGGAGGGGGGGAGGGAAAUCCCUGCUAUCCCCAAUGGAUAAAAGAACCACAGAUAACUAAGUUGCACUAAGUUGUAACUGGAAUGUCUUCAUUAUUUUCCUAAUAAUAAAAAUCUUCUUUGGGAAAACAGGCAUUUUAUCGCAAGUUUUACAGCACUAACUUACAUUUUACAGGUGUUUUCUAAUUGGAGACUUGAGUAUUUUGCACAAAUAGAAUAGAUUAGCAAGUUUUAGGUUACCAUUUUGUUUGUAUGGUUUGUUUUUGUUUUUGUCUUUAGCCAAAGAUGAUCUCUGCAUUCUUUUCCAACUUAAGCCUUUUUAAAACACAUUAAGACAUAUCUGACCUGGGAAAAAUGUUUUUGCUGUAGCAGAUUAAGGAUUAGCCUUGGAGUCAGGAAGAUCUAGGUUCAUAUUCGGCAUCUGACCCAUAUUGGCUGCCUGACUUGGAAAAGUCACUUAAAGUCUUUUUUUCCCCCCUUAACCCUUAUCUUCUGUUCUGUUAUCAAUUCUAAGCCAGUAGAGCAGGAAUGACUAGUCAAUGGGAGAUAAGUUUCUUGCUGGAAGUAUCUGAGGUCAAAUUUGCACCCAAUACCUACUGACUCCAGUCCUGGCACUCUAUCCACUGUGCUACUUAGCUGGCCACACUUAAUGCACUUAAUAUCUCAGUACUCCAAAAAACUCUCUAAAAUUGUAAAUUGCUAUACAGUUGCAGAUUUGUAUAGGUUUCCUUAAUAGGAGUGAAGAAAUACACUCAGGAAUCACAUGUUUAGACAAAAAAAAAAAACAUUUCCUGGAAAGAAGUAAGAAAUAUAUGUGGCCAAAAAAAAAAGCCUAACUUCUGUUGUUGCACCCGGCAAUAAAAUAGGGCUGACAUGGCUUCAGAAGAGCUAAGCAUCUGCUCUAGUCCCUCCGGGUCACAUGAGGAACUCUGCUUUCAACAGAAAAAUGUAUUACUUUACUGUGCUUGACACUGAGGAUGUAGCAAUGUACCAUGGCAUGGUCUCUCCUAGGCUUGGAUUGGGAGGCUGGUGAAGGAGACAGAAGGAAAAGCUUAAGGGACUCGAAAAGCUUUAAUCUAAUUUUUUCCAUCCAACUAUUUUUUUCACAUUGUAGUUACAGAAACAAUUUUUAAAACUUUUUUAUGAUAUUUUUCUGAUCCCAAAUGUUCUCCUUCCCUCUCUCCUCCCCAGGAAACCAGUUAUAUUGAAGUAGAUUUUUUCCCCCAUCCAAGUUCACAGACACUGAAAUUUUUCCCAUUUACCAGACUCCUCAUUUUACAAAUGAAGAGAGACUCUAGUUUUUCUGCUGGCCAAAUGAGAGAGAGCAAAGCUUGCUCUUUAGUUUACCUUUGGUUCCGACUCAAAUCCGUUUGUACAUGAAUUCAGAGAGGAUCUUGGGAGUAUCUAAGAGUCUCCCAGCCCAAGUAACAGAAGGCUUUGAUCUCCACUCAAAUGAAAGGGGCUGGUGGAAAGGACAGACCUAAUCUUAGACAGCCGAUAAUCUGCCUGGCUUGCCUUUGAUGAGGACAGUAUGGCCAAGACGACAUGAGCUUGGCAUGCCAUCUCUGCCUGCAUGGCAGUCCCCACAGGACCAGUCUAGUGUAGACUAUGAGAUGAGCCACCACAGAGGACCAGUGGGGGCCUUCAGAGUGAGAACCAGUGAGAGCAGAUGGUUGGCAUCAGCUAUAAAGGUCUGAGAAACCCUCUCCCAUGUAUUCCCAUUCAUUUCAUCUCUCUGUGUGCUUGUUGUCACCACUCAUGACAUGUAUAAUUCUGGGAUAGUAAGCUAGAUUUUUAGGGUGAAAUAUUCUUUUGCAAACUUUCUUACCAUGCUUUUUUUAAAUUAAUUAAUCAGUCAACAAACAUUUAAGCACCUGUUGUUGUUCAGUUGUUUCAGUUGUGUUUGACACUUCAUGCCCCCAUUAGGAGUUUUUCUUGGCAAAGAUAAUGGAGUGGUUUGCCAUUUCCUUUUCUAACUCAUUUUAUAGAUGAAGAAACUAAGGCAAACAUGAUUAAGUAAUUUGCCCAGAGCCAUAUAGGUGGUAAAUGUCAGAGGCCAGAUUUGGGCUCUGGAACGUGAGUCUUCUUGACUCCAGGCCCAGUGCAUAAAUGACCUUAGCAAUCGAUUGUUUGAUAAACCCAAAGACCCCAGCUUUGGGAAUGAGAAUUCAUUGUCUAACAAAAACUGCUGGAAAAAUGAGAAAACGGUAUGGUGGAAACUAGAUAUAGACCAAUAUAUCACACCCUAUGCCAAGGUAAGGUCAAAAUGGGUAUAUGAUCUAGAUAUAAAGGGUGAUACCGUAAGUAAAUUAGGAGAACGUAGAAUAAUAUACCUGGCAGAUCUUUGGAGAAGGCAAGAAUUUAUGACCAAACAAGAGAUGGAGAGCAUGAUAAGUUGUAAAAUGAAUAAUUUGGGGUAAAUUAAAUUCAAAAGCUUUUGUACAAACAAAACUAAUAUAACUAAGAUUAGAAGGGAAACAACAAAUUGGGGAAAAAAUUUUUAAACAAAUUUCUCUGAUAAAGGUCUAAUUUCUAUAGAGAAAAUUUAUAGAAAACUAAGUCAUUAUAACACUAGAAGCUAUUCCUCAAUUGACAAAUGUCAAAGGAGAUGAAUGAGCAAUUUUCCAACCAAGAAAUCAAAGCCAUCCAUAAUUAUAUGGAAAAAUUGUUCUAAAUCACUCUUAAUUAGAGAAAUGGAAAUUAAAACAACACUGAGGUACCACCUCAUAUCUAGCAGAUUGGCCAAUAUGACAGAAAAGGAAAGUGACAAAUGCUGGAGGGGAUGUGGCAAAGUUGGGACACUAAUACCCUGCUGACAGAGUUGUGAAUUAAUCCAACCAUUCUGGAGGACAAUUCUGAACUCUGCCCAAAGGGCUUUAAAAAGACUGUCUGCCCUUUGAUCCAGCCAUAGCACUGCUGGGUUUGUAUCCCAAAGAGAUAAUGAGGAAAAAAUGUUCAUAUAAAAAUAUUUACAGAGGCGGUCUCUGUGGCGGCAAAAAAAUUGGAAAACGAGAGGGUGUACAUCAACUGGGGAAUGGAUAAACAAAUUGUGGUAUAUGUUGGUGAUGGAAUACUACUAUGCUGUAAGGAGUGAUGAACUGAAGGAAUUCUAUAUGAACUGGGAGAACUUGAUUGAACCGAUGCAUAGUGAAAUGAGCAGAACCAAGAGGACAUUGUACACAAAAAGUGAAAUAUUGUGGAACUAUCCAAUGUAAUGGACUUUACUACUAGUAGCAAUAACAAUAAUCCAGUAUAUUCCUGAGGAAUUUAUGAGAAAGAAUGCUAUCCACAUUGAGAGAAAGAAAUAUAAGAAUAGAAAUGCAAAAAUAAAACACAUGACUUAUCACUUAUCA